AUGUAUGACACUGAAAGCAUGAAGGAAGGGACUUCAACCAUCAAGUCCAGACUAUGCUCCAGGAACUACACGGUAAUGUUAAUUUCCUUUUGAAAUAACAUCAAUCAUCUCUAAGACAACCUUAAUUAAGUACACAGACAAGUUGAGCUUUGAAUUCGUGACGUACUUGACAGCACAUGAUUAAUGGGGUUUUCCGAGUUUGAGCAUGACAAUAGGCAGGGCUAAUCUUGGAACUGAGAGGCGUAUUUGAGAUGGGCAUGGGCUUUUGUUGUGGGCAUGGCAAUUAGUGUUAUUUUUGUAAGGAAAUUUUAGUGGUUUUUCAAUUGAAAAAUAUUAAAAGAAAGAAAUAAAAGCUGAAUUUGUAAUUGCUACACGUGCUUUUAUAGGAAUUAUAAAUUUAUACUUAUAAAAGGCAAAAUAAAAAUUCAGUAUGUAAAUUUUACAUACAACAAACAUUUAUUUAGUACAGCCAUUAAGCCCGGCCUCAGUCUAGCUCUGAAACGGAAGGUUAGCCCGGCUUAUUCCGGGGACGGUCUAGGCGGGCUAAAGAAAAUUUACACGGGGUCAAGCCGACAAAUGGGAGCCAGAGGGCCGGGUUUGAAACCAACGCUUUUGCUUAGGUCCUGCAACGAAAGUUUGGCUUGCGAAAAGUAUUUUUGGCUUAAAAUUGACAGUUAGACACUUAUUAGCACAACAUUAAAAAUGAUUUUUCAUAGAUAGAGCCUUUGAUUUGGACAAAAAAGUUUUUUUAAUUGUUUUUUGAUACUUAAUUUGUCCUUACUAUAGCUAUUACUAUAUGUGCUUUUUUGGCGAUUCCUUAUGCAGGAAUCUCACUGUGGCUGUUUUACUUUUUUUAAUGGCGCCAUGAACUUUUUGUGAAAAAUACAGUAAAACCUCCUCGGUAUAACCCUCAAAGGCCUAAUCGAACUUGUUUUUUUGAUCAGGGUGUUACAAUAUCCAGGUAAUUUUUGAUCGGAGUCAUAUUACAAAGGGUGGUCAGGAAGCUGUCAUUAUAUAGAGGGUGGCAUACUAUGGAGGGUCAUACUGAAAAAGUUUUACAAUGGAUUUGUUUAACGAGAAGUCAGCUUUGUUUAGAUAAGUUUACAAAGAAACUUUACAAUGAAAAACUUACUAUGAUCAACAUAUCAUACCUAUUCUUAUUACUUAUAAAUAACUUAUAACAAAAACAUACUGUAUUAUCUUUUUUGUUUUGUUCUAUAAAAUUUGCUGAUUAAUAAUUUAGAAAUCUGACAAAUCACAAUACAAACAUGUUGUUGUAAACAUACAUAUAGCAGGGUACAUUGGGUGUAACAAGACCUUGUAACCGGAAUAAUCUUUCUAAUUACGAAUUUUUAAUUGUUUAUUUACUUUUAAUGUUUAGUCAACCUAAUCUAACAGAUGAGCUUUUAGCCGACUAGACAUUUGGGUAAUGAGUGUUAUCAUUUAUUAAUCAAUACUUGUACAAAAAUUAAUUAUUCUGUUUUUUUUAACUUUGCUACUGUAGUUUUAAAAAGAGAGAAUUAAAAGAAGGUUCUGCAAAAUUCGUAUUUUACAAAAAAAGCUUACUUGUGAAGGUUUUGAAAUACGUUCUUACAGGCUCAGGUUAGGUAUUUAAUUUUACAAAGAAAAGUUGCCGUACGUGUCCGGCUCUGAUUGACUUGAAACUUUUCAUAAAGAAAGACCAUGUAAAUAUAAGGUCUUCAGCAAAAUACCAAAUUGCAUUUUCCAGGCAAUCCCAAGAAAAUCGAGAUCAAAAAAUUAAGUUUUGAAUUUUCUGGCAAAUUGGCAUUGUGUUUCAAGCUUAUAACUUUGUUAUUUUUUGACUUUUAAUCUUUUUUUUGAUACACUAAUAGAAAACCUUUAGAUAAACUUACAUUUUUUAAUUUGUGUGUGAAUUUUGUCUGGAAAGGCAAAAGAAGUGCUUGAAACACAAUGCCAAAUUUGCCAAUUGGCAGAAGUUUCGAAUAUUUAAAUUUUAAAACAAAAGCCAGAAAAAAAUUUUUUAAGGGUACUAUUGGUCGUACAAAAAAUUCAUCUAAAAAUUUGGAGCUGAUUCAGAGUUGGGCAGGUUGGAUACUUUCCUUGUUAUAAGAAUACAGUGGAACUCCUGUAUAACGAGUUGGUUGGGGAUUCAAAAUUUGUGCGUUAUGAAGGAGUUUUGGUAUAUAAAAGUUUUAAAUGCAUUCUGUAUUGUUAGCCGGGGAUUUUAAAAUCGUUCGUUUUACUGAACUUUUGUUAUAGAGGAGUUUGUUAUACAUAAGUCUGAGUUACACUGUAGUAAGGUGUUCAAGCUACGUUUGUAAAUUGGCUAGCUAGUCUCAAUUUUUUUAUUUUUGAUUGGCCUCGUUCAACUUUGCUUUGACCGAGCCGGACUAGUGGGCUUCCUUCCAGCUAUAGUUCGAGGGAUGAUAAUUAAAAAAAAAUUCUUUGAAAAAGUCAAAUAAUUUUAACACAAUACUUUUCUCAGAAGUAAAAACUGUAUUGUAAGACGUCGAGGUAAACGUAUUUGUAUCAGAUAUCUGUUGUUAACCUUUAAAUACUUGAAAAGUGACAUUUCUUGUGACGUAGUAACGAGGAAUGUCAGCUGUUUUUGCGGCAUUCUCUUGUUAUUGUUGGUAACAUUCGUUAGCUCUCUACUGUUUUUAUGGGUAAAUCGUAUCUAAAAUGUGUUACAAUAUCAAGUUAUGACCCAUUUAUUACCUAAAAUAUGAUUUGAUUACAAAUUUAAUGUUUGAAAAGUUGAAAAACUCUAAAAUAAGAAGAAUACUGUAACAUUAUAACCACAUUUCAGCCAUCCUCCUCUCUGCCACACCUAUUAAUGUCAUCUCCGCCCUCGCCGACCUCACGGAUGUCGAGCGAGGAUGAAGAGAAAUGGGCGGAGAGCAAUCGACAUUCGAGUCAGCCAGAUUUCCGAACACACAAAUUGCCCUCCGGUCUUCUGGAGACUACCGACGACGACAUGUUAACACAGGCGCCCAGGGUAAGCUUACUUUUUGACUUUGGUAUGACAAUAUAUUGGCUUUGUCAUACUUGGUAUGUCAGUUUAUGGUGGUUAAGGCAAUUUUCUGUGCUUUCUUGGCUUUUAAAUUGAUUCUACUGUGCUUUCAAGGAUAGGUCAGAUUACUUUUCUACUUCUAUAUGACAAUAUAUUGGCUUUUUCAUACUUAGUAAGCCAGUUUACUGUGCUUUGAGAGUAGGUCAGCUUACUUUUGUUACAAAGUGUAAUCUUGGUAUACUGUAAUUUUUUGAGAACUUAUUUACUUAGUAUUAUUGAGAUUUGACGAACACUUCAAGUUUUAAGUUGGAAGGAUUACACACAUCAAAAUGUUAAAGACUUACUUUGUUAGAAUAUGACAGAGUAGGUUAUAGUGGACUAUUUUGUCAAGACUAGAAGUCAGUAGCACGUUUCAGUUUACUGUAGGUUUUAGAAGCGAACUUGGGGUUAUUGCAGGUUAGAGUAGCCUAUUAUGGGUUAAGCAAGUCAACAGUAGCUGGUUAUAGGUUACUGUAGGUUUUAAAACCAUGUUUGGGUUACUUUCAAUUUUAAUUACAAGCCUAAAUUUUAAGGGUUUAUACGCUUGAUGCUUUAUAAUGUCUUUAAUAUAUUUAUAGCCGCAUUAAAAUCAGUUUAUAUCUUUAAAGUCUUCUAAAGAGGGUAUAUUUUUCUUUUUUUUUAUCUUUACCGACAACAAUCUUAAUCUUCAAUCUAUAGUACUAAACUUUGGGCCUUAUAAGGUUUUUUUUACUAAGUUACAGUACGGAUAAGUACAAAGGAAAGACAGUAGUUUUAUCUAGUUCCUUGCGUGCCAAAGUUUGGAACCAACUCAAACUCACGCUAGGCUAUUUUGUUGUUUUUUCCGGAUUUUUCUUAAAUUUUUAAUAAAAAACUUUGCGGAAUUAAUUUUUAAAUGUCUGUCAAUUUUUUGACGAUUUUUGACGAGAAAAUUAAAAUUUUUUAUUUUUGAACUAAUCUUUGUUCGGCUAAUUUUUUAGUUUAGAAAGCGUAUUUCACAAUUUUUCAAGUCUUUAAUUAUAGUGGGACUUCGGUAUAACUCAUUGCCUAAAAAUUUUUAAAAAAUUUAAAAAUUGUUUGUUAUAGAGGUGUUCGAUUUAGAGCGACUUGAUAUACACGAGUUUCUGUAUCUAAAAGGCUUAAAAUGUCAACGCAUAUAUUACAGCGGAACCUUUAUAUAAGGAAACUCUGCAUAAGUAACCUCUCUAUAACAAAAACUUCGUAUAACGAACAACUUUUGAAUCCCUGGCUAACACUACACAGUGCAUUUAGAACCUCUGUAUAACAAAACUUCUUUAUAACGAACAACUUUUGGAUUUCCUGGCGAUUUGUUACAGAGGUUUUACUGUACAGUGGAAUUCCUGUAUAACGAAUCGCUCGGGAAUUUGAAAUUUGUUCGUUAUAAAGGAGUUUCAUUAUACAGGAGUUUUAAAUUCACUGUGUAGUGGUAGCCGGGUAUUUAAAAGUUGUUCGUUAUACGGGAGUUUCGUUAUAGAGGAGUUUGUUAUACAGGAGUUCCACUGUAUAUUAUGCUGCCAUAUCUUUAUUUUUAAACUUUGAUUACAUUAUGAGUAUCAAAAUAAAUUACUUUUUCAUUUUUUUAAAAAAUAAACAAAGUUGUGAAGCUAACCUAUAUGGCUUUUGGCAUUUGGUAAUUCAUAAAAGUUAUAUGCGCUUGCUCUUAAGUACAUUCGAAAGAAUGUUGUUUUUUGUUUUAUGAGACAUACAUGUUUAACAUGUUUAAGAACAUAUAUUUUUUUGGCAUGAUACGUCGUUAAUAUUCAUGUUGAAAGGGGUGGAGAUAUCUUGAAAAACUAAAAUUUGCUAAAGUAGGGCAAGCCUUAUAUGGCAGAGCUGGUAACAAUAGAGGGUGGUUGAAUUAGGUUUUUGGCUAGAGUAAGGCUAAUAGAUUUGGCUAGAGGUAGGCUUAUAGACAAUAAAGGGCGGUUAGUGUACAAUUUCCUUAAUGCGGGGUAUUUUAUGUAGGGUAAGGUAAGAAGGCGUUUUUGCUUUUUAAAAAUGAACUUUUGCGUUUUUAAAGCUAGCAAAAUCCAAAAGUCAAGUCAAAUAAUUAAGAGGUCGAUGUCAUUUGUCAUAGCCAAAUGUCACGACCAGGUUUUGAACUUUUAGAACCUUGGGGCAUGCCCAGCACGAGGGAAAAAUGAUAUGUUAUGUUAGUGUUAUUGCCGCAUAACGAUCUUGAUUGUCAUUUUUACGACAAUUUCCGGACAAAUCUUGCUUUAAAUUUGUUAUUACUGUGCCUUUUGGUACCAUAUGGUACAGUAGGGACGUUUUUUAAUUAUUUUAGGCUCUUAGUUAUUGUAGGGUAAGGUAGAGAAAGGUAAGGUAGAGUAAAGUAGGUUUGGGUAUGGCAAGGCAGAAAAAAAGGCAAGGCAAGGCAAAAAAAACUUUUAGUUUAUUGUUAUUGCUCAUUAUAUUUGUCUGCUAUGCUUAAAAUAUCAUACAAAAAGAUAUGCUUUAUCUAUAUACUUUUACGGCCUAAGGUUUAACGCCCUUUUACAGCCUAAGGUUAAGUUAUGCGGAAUAUUUGAAUCGUCGGAAUAAUGAAAACAAGGAAUUAUGAUGAGGUUUUUACUGUUUUAUGACUUGAAUAUUUAUAUGACAAUUGAAUAUUCAGCUCUAUAUUAUGAAUCUGUUUUAUGGCCAUGAAUAAAAUGGCAUUUUGUUCUUUAUUACAGGAACGAACUGUCAAAAUUUUGUUUUUAAGAUUUCUUAAUGUUAAAAAAAAUGGUAGAUUCGUAUUUUACAUUUUGCUAUGCAUUUUUUCAUUUUGAUAAUUUUUUUUGAAUGUAAAUUUUGCAAAAUUAAAAAAAAACAACCAGAUGUUAAAAUUUUUAAAAUACUUGGCCAAAACUAAUCGGAAGGAACGUCGAUUUUUCAAAAUAAUUUUGAAUUUCGAACUAGCGGAUUAAAGCUGACACUACUUUUUACAAGUUUCUUGUCAAGAACGUUAAGCGUAAUUCAUAGGCUCUUUGGCCAUAACUUAUAUCCAGUUUAUCUGGAUAAGCUGUUAAGAUUGAAUGGUUUUGCUUGGGGUCUUAUGACCAUAAUCACUUUUUUAAAUGUCUGGUAUAACAAACUUUUGGAAGGGAACGUCGACCUUUUGGUUUUUAGUUAUAUUAUGGGGUUUUAGACGUUCACUUAAAGUUAUAAUAUGAUUCGUAUUUUAGUAAAUAUAUAGAACGGAGGAGGCAUAAAAGACUAGGCAAUCAAGAGUAAGUUUGGGUGGUUUAAGGCAGGGUACGGUACUGUAGGAUAAAGUAUUGUAGUUCAUAGUAUAAAGUAAAGUAGGAAAGAGUAGGAUAAGACAAAGUAGAUUAAGGUAAGUCACAGUAGUGAAAGAUAGAGUAGGAUAGGAUAGGGUAGGGAAAGAUAAAGUAGGGUAGGGUAGGGUAAAGAAGGGUAGGGUAGGGUAGACUAUACUAGGAUACUGUAACUUAACUCUAUUCAAUCUACAAUGUUUUUUGACCUAUUCUCUGCCAUUCAUAAAUUUAAACUCAACUUUGAAAACAAACUUGACGGCGUCGCGGUGAUGAAUGUGCCGUAAUCUGUUAGACCCUAACCACCUGAGGCCGACAGUGUUUUUCGUGUAAUUUAUAAACGCCCUCAGGCCGAUCGCUCGUUUCAGAUUGAUCAUUCGGCCGAUUUCAAGGCCCGGAAUCUGAAGAGAAACGGGAGCGCCGUCUCGUGGCAGGUUUGUUUUCUCGAGUGUUUUAAUGACACAUUUUAUGACUUUUCCUAUUUUUGACGAAUUUUACGUGUUUUUAACGAACCGCCUCUUGUUUCAGGCCUCAGGGUUUGAAAUGGCCAACUUUUGUUUCGUUUAACGAUCUUUGGUGUUGUAUGUUGUUUUAGGUUGGAGUGAUGACUUUACUUGGUUUCAAUUUUUGUGAUUUUUAUUUUGUGGAUGCCAGGGUUGGGGAGGGGAGAGAAGAUGGAGGGAGGAGUAGAGAUAAUUUUUUUUAAAAUUAGUGUUAGGCAAAUCUUAUAAUUAAAAAACUUUUUUUUGAUUUUUUUAUUACAAAGGCUACAUGAGCAGAUCUGGGAAAAGGCCGGGCAUGCGUGUUAGGUACGGCUCGAACUAAAUUUUGUCCAGUCCUGGCGCGGUUCGGCCCGAACUUUUUUACAUGGAAACUGGCGGGGCUUUUCUAGACCUUUGAUGUUUAGUAUGUUUAGCCCCGGACCGUUCCUUAUGCCUACACAUGAAAAGGAGCAAGUUUAACAUCUUGAUUUUUUUGUUGCGGCUGAUAACAUUAAAAAAUGACUUACAUGAAAACCUUUUUAAUCUUUGUUACUCUUUAUAAUGACAGGUUCUUGACCGCCCUUUGUAACUGAACUUCUAUCAGAAAGUACCUAGGUUAUGUAACAUCCUGGUUAUAGGGACACGUUCGGACCAGUCUCUUAAGUGUCACACUAAAAAGGUUUGACUGUAGAUGUUUUGGUUUUGUAAAGGCCGCAAUCUUUUUUUAUUAUAAUUACUUUCCAAUAACCAAUCAUGAUGAUAAUGAUAUCUGUAAUACUAAGGAAGUAAAGCUUAAGACCCUUCUUAACAAGCUUAACAACUAUUUUAGUACAAAAGUGAUGUGUUUCCGGUUUAAUCCUACAAACUUUUCAAAGUUUUUUAAAUGUUUCAAUGUGAAUAGUAUUUGUACAUCUAUUUGUGUAUUAGCUGAACAUCUAUUGAAAUGUUAGUGGAUUAGGUAUGGUAAUAUUGACAGAGAUCUCAUUAAUUCACUGAAUUUUCUGUAAAAUCUCAUUAAUUUACUAAAUUGUUGUAAAAUCUCAUUAAUUCAGUAUAGUUUCUUAAUACGGUUAUUGAUGUUUCUAAUGACUUUCUAAUGGCAACAAAUUAUCAGAAGAUACUACGGUUGUUACAGUAUUGUAUUAAUAUGCAUGAGGAUGUCCGAAGAGUAUCUGAGUUUACUUAUGUGGUAAGAAUGAUGUUUUAUACUUUAAAUUUGUGCUUUUUAGUUGAAGGGGUAGAUUUUUGAAAGGGAAAGUCGAUUGUUGAAUGUUUUGCUCGUAGAGUAGGGUACAUAAAAAAAUUUUAAUGAUAAAAGAAACUUAUUUUUUAAUUUUUGAAUAAUUUCAUUACAUAUUACACUAUGUUCCACAAGAUUAAAAACCAAAACAAACCUUCUCACGGUUUAUUUCGAGUGUUAUUUAGCCAUUUUGUUAUUAGUACCGCUUUCUUCAUGAAAAUUUGUUUUGACAUUUGAUACGAUUAUUACUUCUUUCAAGUUUAAAAAUAUUAUUUUUAGCCUUCAUUACUUGACCAGCGUGUUUGAGGGCUUAAAAUUUUGGAUUUUAAGAUUUUUCAAAAAUUUUUUUGACUUUAGUUAUUAAUUUGGUUGUUCAAAUACUUCUGUGCCUCUUCACAAAGCACGUGUUUGUAGUUAAGGGCACAGAAUUUUUUGAACAAACUAAUACUUUGAGACUUUGAUGUUGGGUUAGACGUUUGUUAUAAGCGAAUUCAAGACAGGUAUUACUUACAAAGGCCUUGCUUUCGAGCUAGGCCGGGAACUACUUCUGCAACAAAAAACUCGUAUAAUGAACAACUUUAAAAUCUGUAGUUAACACUACAGAACAAAUUUAAAGCCUCUGUUUACCAAAGCUCUUUUAUAACGACCAAAGUAAAAAUCUCUGAUAGAUUUGUUAUACAGGAAUUCCAGUGUAGUUUACCUUGCCUUUCUUUUCAAUUUUUAAAAUUUUUUUUGUUUUCUUCUGUGUUGACUAUAGCGAGGGCUUUCUUUAGUAAUGGUUUUACUUUAAAUAUUGCUUUUUCUCAGCUUGUUUAAAUAAUUCUGUGUCCUCUUAUCUUACAAAUUUUCUUUGAGAGGACGCACAGAAUUAUUUGAACAAAUUAAUAUUUUAGUUUAGAAAGUUUGCUGUUAUGUUUUGUAUGUUUAUUUAUUUUUUUUCAUUUUAUGUUAAUUUUUAUCACUUGUGUUGCUUUACCUAAUUAUAAGUUUGCCUUUUCUCACCUACUCAACCACAUACAAGGUUUCCCUCCACUAAUUUAGCCCUUUUUCCAAAUUAUUGUUAUUUUUGUUUACUUAUCUUAAAAUCCACCGUUUGUGUUCGAAUCCGCUUCUUUUUUCUUUUAUUUUUGCAUAUUUUAACGCCCCGCCCACUUUCAGCCGUCUUCCAUAACUUCGGAAGAGCUGCGCCUAAUUAACUCUCCGCCGACGCUGACGCCCGGCUCCAUGGCCGAUCCGAACGAGCUGAUUUGUCUGAACGUGGGCGGCCAAUCGUUCAGAUGUCGCGUCGCUACGCUCAGAGCCAAGUGUCCUGACGCAAAGUUGGGAUUGUUUGUAGGUCAAAGUCAUGAGAACAGACUGAGGCUUUGCGAUGGAUAUUUUACUGUGAGUUUUGGUUGGGGUGGUAUAGUAAUGUAGUUUAGUAAGGUGAUAUAUAGAGGUAGUGUAGCAAACUAGUAAGAUAUAGCUUGUCUAGUUUCUUUUUCUAAUUGCAAAUCUUGUUUUCAGAGCUUGCAAAGGUGUAUACUUAAUGAGUUUACUUAAAAACGUAGGGUUUUUUAUGUGGGAAAUGAAUACGUUACCUAAAUUUUAAUAUUUCCUGUUUCAGCAAAAAAAAUUUGUUAGAAAAAUGAAACAAGUAAAAUUUUUUAAGUAUUAACUCCACAGAAAAAGAAAACAGAGUACUGAAGUAAGCCGGGGCGUCGCUACGGAUUUUUUCUGUGGGGGGGGGGUGGAUCUACCCCCCUUCCCCCCCCUAGCGACGCCCCUGGAAGUAAGUACUAAAAGGAUCCUUACCUUAUGAAGAGAGGGGUACCUGAAAAAAAGGAGGUAUUUUUUAAAAAAGGAGGGGAAUCUUAAUAAUAAGAGGGAGCAUCUUUCAAAAACGAGAUAUUACUUUUAAAAUAGAAGGGGUACCUUAAAUCUUCACGGAGGGAAUUUUUAAUAGAGGAGGGGUGCUUUAAAAAAAAGGAGAUAUAACUCAUGAAAAAGAGGGGGGUAUCACUAUCUAUUUUCAUUAUCUUGGUUUCAAUAGCACUAAAAAAACCUUUUAAGCCUAGAAAUCAUAAUCUAUUUUGUUAUUGAAAAUUUAUUUAUUUGCUUAUUUAUACACUUUGAAUAGAAACAUUCCAAAAAUGAUUUCCAAUGUUUUAUUAUUAGAAUCCCUCGAAUAUUUAUAAAUUUCAUAGAAAUAACAUGACGUUUUAAAUGUUCAUGACACAUACUAACAUAGACAGAGCUAAGUAUUCAGAACUUGUUUACAGAUAAACAAAAUUUUAAUUUUUCAGCUAUUUUUAAUGGAGAUAAGGAUUAAUUUUUUAUUUUUAAAGUCUAUGUUUUUUAAAAAUUAAAAAAAAAAAUAUUUUUUGAAAAAAAAAUUUUAAAAAAAGUAACGUUUUGCAAAAUACAUCUCUUGCUAUCUUGGCAAAACUUUUUGCUUUUUAGGCAACAAACGAGUACUUCUUCGAAAGGCCAGGAAAACUGUUUGAAAGCAUAUACACCUACUAUGUCACAAGCGAACUGCACAGGUAAGUAGAGGUAUGAGCGAGAGGGUUUGUUUUUUUUUGUACAAAAAGGUAAAAUACGGGGCUUAAAAAAAAAGAGGAUGAUUGACCUUGUGGCUAGGUUUUCAGAGUAAACGCGAUUUUAACUUUUUGAUUAAGCUUUGCUAACCAUUAGCGUCAGGAGGUAUAGUUUUUAAAUUUUUUGUGUUUCAGACCAUCAGACAUAUGUGAAAGCGAGUUUCUAGCUGAACUACACUUCUGGCGAGUAUCCGAAUCCAAAGUUGCACCUUGUUGUUGGCCUAAGUAUGAUCCAAUGUAAGUUGUAACAUGAUUUUAAUUUUUUGCGGCUAGCUUUAAAAAUUUAAAAUCUAUGUUAUUAAAGGUAUUUUAAAGCAUUUUUGCGACUCGUGCAGAGCUGGUACUUUGAUUAUUAGGUUGCACAAAAAGUAAUGAGCUACGUCUUUUAAAUAGUUGAUAUGAAGUCCAAUGGCUCAUUAAUUUUUAUACAACAUAAUAGUAAUAAGUAGGAGAGGCAAAAUGAUUUUUAGGUGGAAGAGAGGGAGGGGUAAAUUUUAAAAAAAUAGUUUACAAGUAUAUUGGUGAACUGUAUGCAACAUAUGGACUAUUAACUCAUGUUUCAUAUGUUGCUUCAAAAAACAAAAAUAUUUGAUUAUAUUGUACAUGUUUGCGUAGCAUUCUAUUUGCUCAGGUUUUUAGACAAAAAUUGAUUCAAAAAAUUACAAAGUAGUUUGAAUUAGGUCAUAUGGGCAUCCACUAUCCCCUCCCCCACUCAAAGCUUUCUUUUUUUGGCUCUUAUCUACCCCUUUUGUUAAUUAAUCUUUCUACCCUGCCUUCUUUUGCUCUCUCUUUUUCUCUCUCUCUCUUUCGUUCCCUCUCUCUUUUUUUCAUUCUCUCUCUCUUGUCUGUUGACUAAUAUGAACUUUAUUUAAAUUACAGUACGUACAAAGCAUUUACUAUAUCUCAUACUACAAUCAAGAUACAUGUCUACAUAUUUCAAAUUAUUGUCUACAUCAAAAAAAGUUACAAUCACAGCAUAUCAUGCCAUUUUUAAUUCGACCAGUCAAGCCAUUGCCAAUAUAUGUCAGCCAAAUCCCUAUUACUACACAAUUUGACAUGUAGACUAUGUACACAUGUACAUGGUAAACAAAUUAGUUUUUUUGUUCAUAAUACGACAAUAACAAAAGGACACCAAAGUUGUUACUGAGUAGGCAGACAAAUCAAUGUGGGAAAGGAAGUUUAAAAGGCAUGGUACAUAACAUAUGCAAGUAUAAUAUUCUACUCGGUAGUUCGAGUGGAAUCUUUGAACUUUGAAAAAGCUGUGGAGUAGGUGUUGUAUAUAAAUGUACGUGAUGGAUUAUUGAGAUGUUAAAGUGCAGUAAAUGCAAAAGAAAAUUGAAAAAAUUAUUUUGAAGAGACGUUGAAAACAAAGAUAAAAUUUAUUGUAAUGUACAUAUUAAUUUAUAAGAAAAGUAUCCGACCUGUAAAGAUUUAUAAUACCAACUCUGAAAAUUACUUUAAAAUUCUUUUUUAUUUCAGUGACGAAUCAGUGGACGACCUGUUAGCUCGAAAGCGAAGUCCAGAUGAGAGUAUUCGUCAAAGGUUACACCGUUUCUGUGAAGGAGAUGGCACGAUGGUUUCAACGUUAUUUACGUUUGCCAGUAUUUGCUUCGUGCUUGUGUCGGUACUGGGAUUGGUACUGGGUUCGAUUGAAGACUUUCAGCAUCCGUACGAGAAGGUUGGCAACAAAAGUGUGCUUUAUACUGGGACUGUCAGCAAAGGUAAGGGGGUGGGGUAAAAUACGUGGUCUUUUUUUCAUUUUGAAGUACACAUUUUAAGUUAAAAAUAAAAAAGUUUUGAAAUGUCAAAUACGUCGUUUUGCUUAUUUAAGACAAUACUUUUCAGCCACAUCCCCACCGAGUAUCACCUGGGAGCCUCAUCCUAUCUUCACUGCCGUCGAGACAACAUGUAUCAUAUGGUUCACGAUUGAAUACUUUUUGCGAUUGAUUGUCGCUCCAAAUCGACUGGUAUUUACGACUGGGCUUUUGAAUGUGGUCGAUUUGAUUGCUAUCUUGCCGUUUUACAUGGAGCUGUUUUUGAAAAUGUGUGGAUUUGAUGUGGACAGUCUGAGCGAUAUUAAGGGUAUGUUAAUAUAGGGUAUAGUAUGGGUGGGGUGGGAUAAAAGGGCAGGACAGAUAUGAGCUGAUUAGGGUAAGAUAGGGUUAUUAGGGCAGGGUAAGGGAAGGGAAAACACGGGCUGGGUAUGGUAGAAUAGUGUAAAGUAUAGUAAGUUAGGGUAGGGUAGAGUAGGGUACAGUAUGAUAGGGCUGAGCAGGACAGGACAGGGCAAGGCAGGAUGAGACAGGGCAAAUAUAAUCUAAUAGUUAAUACUAUAUUAUUUUAGGUGCUUUCCUAGUAGUACGUAUAAUGCGAGUACUUCGUGUAGUACGAAUCCUCAAGUUGUCUCGCUACAGUACUGGUAUGAAGACGUUUGCACUGACGUUGCGAAGCUCAGCACGACAACUGGGUAUGAUGGGCAUGGUACUGUUUACUGGUGUAAUCUUCUUCUCCACAUUACUGUACUUUGUGGAGAAGGACGAGCCCGGAAGUCCAUUUACUUCGAUUCCUUCUGCUUUUUGGUGGUAAGUCUUGUACUUUAUACUUAUAUAUAUGUUAAUCAUAUAUAUGUGCAUUGUAGAUAUGUGUUAGUAUAAAUGGCUACAGGCUUUUUUACAGCACUUGUUUUGUACCUAUAAUACUGUUUUUAAAAAGGUUUUUACUUAUAACUAACUUUAUAUACAUUGUUGUUACUGAAUUAUACAUAAUAUUGUUAUAGGGCAAUUGUAACCAUGUCUACAGUUGGGUAUGGUGAUCAAAUACCAAAAACAAUUCUUGGAAAAACAAUUGCAAGUGGUGCUAUCUUAAGCGGAGUACUCGUACUUGCUUUGCCGUGAGUUUUUUACUUUUUUACUGUGUUUUUUGAUCACGACAAGUUAUAUACGGUCAUUUUCUACUUACUUUUACGUCAAAACGUAGAAUUUUAUGCUUUUAAACUACUUUUGCUAAACUUAAUAUGACCAGAUUCUUAUAUUACAUUGUACAAAUAAUUUUGAGCCCCUUUUUAAAGCAAAUUUUCUUGGUGGAUGGGUCAGAAUUUUUGGAACAACAUAAUAUUAUAGUACCCUCUAAAAUAAUUUUUUUGACUUUUAAUGUUAUAUUACUAUAAUAAUGCAAUUUACAGCAUCACAAUCAUUGUCGACAACUUUAUGAAAGUGUCGGGAUCAAUGCAGAAUCGACCUCAAGUUCAAAGACCGUAUGUUGACGCGGAUACGACCAGUCGUACCAACUCUCCUAGUAACGGAAAACUACAAAAAGACAACGACAGUCUGGCUAGGUUAACUCCAGCCAAUGAUUGCAAUAAUAUUUCUUAA